AUGUGUACCUGUUUGUUGCUCUGGUACCCAAUACGAAAGACCCUUUACUUUCCUGUGGAACUCUACAUGGACAGCGUCCUCUCAGCGUCCUUCUGCCGUUCUUCAGGUCCCUGUUCAGGCGCCAAACUGCGGCUCACGAGGAACAAGCCCUCCUCCUCAGCUUCUUUGAGCCUUUCCCUAAACAAAGCCACAGAUCCAAGCAUGGCGGAGCAGGAUUGGUCAGCCAUCCAGAAGUUCUGUGAGCAGGUGAACACCGACUCCAGUGGCCCGACACAUGCACCUUGGCUACUGGCCCACAAAAGCAAACCUCCACAGGAGAAGGAAGCCCUUUAUGCCCUGACAGUGCUGGAGAUAUUCAUGAACCACUGCGGGGAGAAGUUCCACAGUGAAGAGGCCAAGUUCUGCUUCCUGAACGAGCUGAUCAAAGUAUUGUCCCCAAAGUACCUAGGGGCCAGGGCUAUGGAGAAGGUUAAAGGAAGAGUUAUUGAAAUCCUCUUUAGCUGGACAGUCUGGUUUCCAGAAGACAUCAAGAUCCGAGAUGCUUAUCAGAUGCUAAAGAAGCAAGGAAUCAUAAAGCAAGAUCCUAAACUACCGAUGGAUAAAAUCUUGCCCCUACUGUCUCCCUGGCCAAAGAGCAUCUUUGAUGCUGAUGAUGAGAAGUCAAAGCUUCUGACAAGACUUCUCAAGAGUAACCACCCUGAGGAUCUUCAGGUUGCAAACCAGCUGAUCAAGAAUUUGGUCAAGGAGGAACAAGAGAAGUCUGAAAAGGUGCCCAGGCGAGUCAGUGCAGUAGAGGAAGUCCGCAGCCACGUGAGGGUGCUUCGGGAGAUGCUGACCAUGUACCGAAGGCCAGGUCAUGCCCUGCCCGACCAGCAGGCCCUGCAGGUUGUGUAUGAAAGAUGUGAGAAGCUGCAGCUCACCCUGUUCCAGCUUGCAAGCGACACCACUGAUGACGACGAUGCUCUGGUGGAGAUUCUUCAAGCAAAUGACCUUCUCACACAGGGGGUUCGGCUAUACAUACAGGUGGUGGAGGGCCGAGUUAGUGCUGGGAACGCAGUGCCCGCCGCAGUGGGAGCCAUUCCCGCCCCCAGAGCAUUCCGGAAUCCAGAACCCUGUGGACUGAACUGUCCACUCAUUGAAGUGGAGACACCAUCUUUGCUUCAUCAGGACCUGGCAGUUCCCACUAGGAACCAGGAUGUUAUUCCAAGUUGCUGUAAUGACAAGAAGCAGCCGGGUGCCAUCACACUCAAGGCGGGGGGUGGAAUCCAGAGUCUUUUUGUAGGCCAGAACCUGCUGGAUCUCUUCUUAUCCCAGCCAUCUCCAGGACCACUGAAUUAUGUUCCACAAAAAAGCAUCCCCAAGGAGGUGCCACCAGGUACCAAGGCUUCUCCAGGUUGGUCCUGGGAGGCUGAGCCAUUGGCUUCUGCCACAGCCUCACAGAAUACACCUCUGGCUCACGUGUUUGUUUUGGAGUCUGUGAAACCCAGCAGCUUGCCGCCCAUUGUCGUGUAUGACCGGAACAGCUUCCGAAUUCUUCUGUACUUCUCCCAGACUGGGGCCCCUGGCCACCCGGAUGUGAAGGUGUUGUUGUUGACCAUGAUGAGCACUGCCACCCAACCUGUCUGGGAUGUCAUGUUUCAGGUGGCUGUCCCAAAGUCAAUGCGAGUGAAGCUGCAGCCGGCAUCCAGCUCCAAACUCCCUACAUUCAGUCCUUUGAUGCCUCCAGCAGUGAUAUCGCAGAUGCUGUUGCUCGACAACCCACACAAAGAACCUAUCCGGUUGCAGUAUAAGCUGACUUUCAACCAAGGUGGGCAGCUGUUCAAAGUAGGAGAGGUGAAAGACUUUCCAGACCUGGCUGUCUUGAGCACUGCCUUACUUUUCAACCAAGAUUCUUCAGUCACGCUUAGAUCAGCGUCCUUUUACUGUCUGGUCGGGACUGGUUGUAAUGUAGUGCAGAGUGCCAAGAGUCCUCUCCUGAUGUUAGGCCUUGAUUGCCAAUGUGUCUGUAGAUCAUGUAUGUGUGGGUGGGUCUGUGUUACUGGGGUGCUGGGGGAGGAGGUAGAGCUUGGCUUGGGAUUUGGGCAGUGUGGGGGAUGCUGA